CUCACUAUCCUUCAUCCUCCAAUCCUCCUCCUUUCAAUCUCAAUCUCUGCCUCCUUAGAGUCAUAUAUCUCAUUGUUUUCUAUUUUCUUUUCGUGAGGAAUAAUAUCGCACACCGCAAUCAUGUCUGGGAGCGCUGGAUAUGACAGACACAUUACCAUUUUCUCAGACCAAGGUCGUCUGUACCAGGUCGAAUAUGCCUUCAAGGCCAUCACAGCCGCAAAUAUCACCUCAAUCGGUGUGAGGGGGAAGAACUGCGCAGUGGUAUUGUCUCAGAAGAAAGUCGCUGAUAAACUGAUUGACCCGUCGUCCGUUUCGCACAUUUUCCGGCUUUCUCCCUCCGUCGGUUGUGUCAUGACUGGCUCUAUUGCUGAUGCCAGAGCGUCUGUCGACCGUGCUCGCGGAGAGGCAGCUGAAUUCCGAUACAAAUAUGGCUACGAAAUGCCAUGCGACGUCCUUGCAAAGAGACUUGCCAACAUCAAUCAAGUUUACACACAAAGGGCUUACAUGCGUCCGCUAGGCGUUGCCAUGACUCUGAUUUCCGUUGACGACGAGAAGGGCCCACAACUUUACAAAUGCGAUCCCGCGGGAUACUAUGUCGGGUACAAGGCCACUGCAUCCGGUCCCAAGCAGCAGGAGGCGCUCAAUUACUUGGAGAAGAAACUGAAGAACAAGGAUUAUGCUGAGGGUAGUUGGGAGGAGGUGGUCGAGCUCGGUAUCACGGCCUUGAGCAACGUGUUGAGCGUCGACUUCAAGAAGCACGAAUUGGAGAUUGGCAUCGUUGGUGGUCCUCGAGCAGACGGCAGGGAGGGAACAGAUCCUGCGUUCCGUGCCUUGACGGAAGACGAGAUUGACGAGCGGCUACAGGCCAUCAGCGAGAAGGAUUGAUUUUGGUAAAGGAGGAUCCAAUGUUGCUAGAUGCAGACGACAUAACAAUGCUACUCCUUUGAUGCUCUGUGCACUGUCUCAUUCGUCCCUCCUGCUGAUAUUCUUGGAGCGCCUUGUUCAAUGCGAGCCCGAGUCCUUAAUUCAAAAAGGUAGGUCACAUCAUCGUCCGCUGUCCUCCACAUCGGUGGCAACUUCAAAG